AACAGUGCCUCGUGUAGUCCGGAACAUUUCUGUAGAAAAGUACCAGUCUCUUAUCUUUAUCAGAAAUCAGCUCCUUAAUCGGACCAUAAAGCUUUGCGGAUUUUAUGGCGUUUCUCUAUAAACUUUAGGUAUUACAGUGAUCAGAGGCGAAGUUAUACUUUCGGGGUUUUUCACAUUUCCACUUGAAGGCUUCAAAUCGGAGUUUUAGGGUUUAAACAUUACACUUGAAGAUCAGCCAUUUCCACACUCAAAGGUACCUUGUUUUUUCUAUCUCAUCUUCUAAUUUAGGGUUCUGCUAAGAUUGAUUCAUUGCAAGUUGGAGGUUGGGGUUUUGAACAACAAAUUUUAGGGUUUUUUUAGAAAAAUGGAAGAAACAAGAAAUGCACCAUUUGAGAUCGAUAGAAUUAGUAGGUUACCUGAUUCCUUAAUUCACCAAAUCCUGUCUUUCAUUGAUACUAAAUAUGCAGUCCAGACUAGUGUUUUGUCGAAAAGGUGGAUUGAUAUUUGGAAAUCUCUACCCUUCCAGAAUUUCAAUAGGAAUUCGUUUUCCCAUGAGAAAGCUGACAAGUUCAUUGAUUUUGUUUACAUGGUAUUCCUAUAUCGUGAUGACACCAAAAGUUCAGUCUGUAUGUGGGUUGGGAGGACUCUGCAGUACGAUGAUAAUGAAUGUUAAUAGAUGGAGCCUAAAUGCGGUCAAGUAUAAUGUUCAGGAAACAAGUAUAGUAAUCGAUGAAUUGCUUUAUUCGCCAUAUGAAAUUCCUCGAAGACUCCUGAAUUGUAAGUCACUGAGAAAGCUGGUACUAAAAGUGUUAAGUGAAGCCUUUGCAGAUGUCAUUCUACCAAGAUCAAUGAAUUUACCUCAGCUUAAAGUACUAACUUUAUAUGGAUUAUCAAUCUCCAAAGAAGAAUUAUUUAAUGGACUCUUAUCUAAUUGUCCAGUUCUUGAAACUUUAGAGAUAGUUGAUUGCGUUAUGGAAAUUAAUAAUCGGAUUCCUUCGAUUAUUGAUUCUGUCAGCCUUAAGAAGUUUACGUACAGUUGUUGGCUAAUUGAUGAAAUGGAUCACAGUAUCAAGUUAUGCGCUCCAAAUUUGAAAAUCUUCAAUUGGACAUCUUUCUUGGUACAAGAUUUUUCUUUAGAAAAACUGUUCUUCACUAUUUGAGGUAGUUUUACGCUGGAAACCAGAAGAAGAUGGGGAUACAGAAGCAUAUUCAAGUCUCACUUCGGAGGACAAAGAAGUGUGUGUUAAACGUAUGAUGCAAUUUCUUGGAGCGGUUAAUAUGGUGAAAACAAUGAAAUUAUCAUCUGGAUUGCUUGAGGUCCUCUCACGAGUUCCUGACUUAUCAGACUGUCAACCACCUCACUUAUGUAAUCUACAAUAUUUGACGCUGGAAAUGUGGCCUGCAAGAGGUUUCUUGCGGGCUAUAGCUUUCUUACUCGGUAUUUCUCCUAAAAUAGUUGAGAUUUACCUUGAGUCGAAGGAGUCAAAUUUAGCCGACGUUGGAGAUAACCGGGAGGAAGCAGGAUUGACAUUGCCAGGAAUGUUGUCUCACCUCAAGUCUGUCCAGAUUGAAGAAGUGGUAGGAUGUGAUGCUGAGCUCAAAAUUCUGAGUUUUUUGUUGAAAAAUGCGAUGGUUUUGAAGAAAGUUGCUCUAUUUCUUCGUUCUGGUGUUGGCUCACCUGAUAGAGUGGAACAAGUUAAGCAAUUCAAGGAUAAGCUAAGAGCAGUUCCUACAGCUUCUUCAAGUAUCGAGCUGGUGUUUCAUUAAAGCUUAGUAGGUGACGAUGGGAGCUUUACUAGAGCCUGCAACCAAAAGUAGUCAGACGAAAGUUCUUAAAUAGAGUUAACUAACUACAGAUGCUUCUACACUCGGUCCAGAAGUAAGACUUGCAACAGGUGCAUUGUGAGCAAGAUUUCCCUUGCCAAAUGGUGUUUCCUCCUUUUGUUUUUGCGCAACAGCUUGUAUCAGCUCGGCCAUGACGGUUUCAGGAAUACCAUGACUCAACAAUUGAAAGAAACCCCAACACGCUGAUGCAGGCCGAAUUUCAUUUGCAUUCUCCUUUCUUCGAUGCUGCAAAUCAUCUCGGUGGUAGAUCAUGGAGUUAGCACCUCAACAAUUGAGAAAAUAAAGUUGGAAAUACAUAACUUCUUUGAACUCCCACUAGAGGAGAAAAAGAAGCUAUGGCAGAAACCAGGGGAUUUUGAGGGAUUUGGGCAGCUCUUUGUUGUUUCAGAUGAGCAGAAACUUGAUUGGUCUGACAUGUUCGGUAUAACCACGCUACCAACUAUAAUGAGAAAGCCUCAUAUAUUCGCAGGAGUUCCGUUACCUUUAAGGGAGGCUUUGGAAGAGUACGCUCUAGGAUUAAAAAAUCUGACCAUAAAUAUAUUAGAAAAAAUGGCUAAAGCUCUAGAGAUGGAUUCUGAUGAGAUGAGAGAUUUAUUUAGUGAAUGUUAUCAAGCGAUGAGGUUGAAUUACUAUCCUCCUUGUCCUAAAGCUGAGCAGGUCUUAGGUUUCUCACCACACUCUGAUGGGGAUGCUUUGACGAUUGUACUUCAGCUUAAUGAAACAGAAGGCCUUCAGAUCCGUAAAGAUGGAAAAUGGCUGCCAGUAAAACCUAUCCAUAAUGCUUUUGUAGUCAAUAUCGGCGACAUGAUGGAGAUUAUGAGCAAUGGUGUUUACCGCAGUAUCGAGCACAGGGCAGUUGUAAAUCCAACAAAAGAGAGGCUUUCGGUUGCUGCAUUCCACUCAAUCAAUUUAGAUGCAGAGAUAGGCCCUGCACAUAGCUUGAUAAAUCCACCACAUAAACCAGCAUUAUUCCGAAGAGAGACGGGGGAGACGUACUUGAAGAACUUCUUUGCACGGAAACUUGAUGGAAAGUCAUACCUGGAUUCUAUGAGUAUUAAAAACGAACGUGCAAAUCAGUCCACUUGAUUAUUGUCAGUGUUCUUGGUAUUCAUUUGGGGCGGUGGCGCAGUUGGCUAGCGCGUAGGUCUCAUAGCUAUAUAGAGUGAUCCUGAGGUCGAGAGUUCGAGCCUCUCUCGCCCCAAUCUUUUUUUUCUCAAGUUCGAUGAAGA